AUGAGCGCCAACAAAAUAAGUGAGGCGCCCACAGUGCCAACAACAUCAGCAUCUGACGCGGCAGCGGCAACAACAGCAAGUGCAACUGUAAGCGAGGCAGAUAUCGAAUCAUCAGAUGCCAUAGCGACUGGAGGAAUCGUUGGAGUCCCAGCCAAUCAGGUUGAGGGACUGGCUGAACUGAAGCAAUUCAUUAGCGAAUUGCAGGAAAAGAUAGACGCCAAGCGUCAGCUGCGACAGCAAAACGCCAACUUCGAGCUACCCGGCGACGAAUACUUUGCGCGCCUUGACUCGAGCCUAAAGAAGAAUACGGCAUUUGUCAAGAAAUUGAAACUCUUCACAAGCACACAGCUGGACUCGUUAUUGCGCGAACUCUCGGCCCUAAAUCUAAGCAAAUAUAUAUCCGAAAUAUGCGCGGCUCUGACGGAGGCCAAGUUGAAGAUGACGGAUGUGCCAGCCGUGGUAACGCUGGCCUCCAAGCUGCACUGCACCUAUGCGGACUUCAGUACACAGUUUCUUGAGGCUUGGCAGAAGGCUCUGAAGACAACAGAGAAGAUCAGCAAUCCGAGUAAAUUGCGCGUGGAUCUGCGUCUGUUCGCAGAGCUGGUCAGCUCGGGUGUUAUACAGAUGAAGCCGGGCUUGGCGCUGCUUGGGAUGGUGCUGGUGCAGCUGAUAGCCAUGGACAAGGACGAUCAUAGCAACUUCUCAAUAAUAUUGUCGUUCUGUCGCCACUGUGGCGAGGAGUAUGCCGGCCUGGUGCCGCAAAAGAUGCAGCAGCUGGCUCUCAAAUACGACAUCGAGGUGCCCAAAUCGGAUUUCCUGAGUGCCGACAAGCAGCUCAACUUGCGCACCAUGCUCAAGGGAUACUUCAAGGCGCUCUGCAAGCAUGUGCUGGCCGAGCAGGCCGCCCUCAUGAACAUGACCAAGAACAUAAGACGCACCAUGGAAUGCAAGGGCGAGAUCAGCCAGGAGAAGCGUGAGAAAUGCGAGCUGAUGCAGGCGAGCUUCGAUAAACUGCUCGCCUCGGCUCAGUCGCUCUCCGAGCUGCUGGGUGAACCGAUGCCGGAGCUGACUAAGGAGUCGGAGUGCUGUAAUCCGGGCACAGUCAUCGAUAAUAUGCUGGACAGCGCCGCCUUUGGUACGCUCGACCCGUGGGGCGAUGAGGAGACGCGCGCCUUUUACACCGAUUUACCAGACUUGCGACAAUUUUUGCCCAACUUCUCGGCGCCCAAAGUGGAUCUGGAAACGCUCGAAGAGCCUAGCGAGCUGACCGAGGAGGCCAUCGAUGCAAAUAUCGAUGCUGAGCUAGAUAUGGAUGAUCCGCCAUCAGCGACCAGCGAUACGGCGCUCGACAAGGAUCAGGAGGAGCAACAGCAGCCAGGCGCUGCAGCUGAGUUAGGAGCAGCAGCAAUAGCAGCAGGAACUGCACUUCCAGGUGCAACUGCUGCUGUUCCUCCUCUGCCCAUUGAUAAGAAAAUGGGCAGUGCGCUAAUGGAAUUGGGACGUCAACAGCAGCAACAGCAGCAGCAGCUAACGACACAAUCGCAGAGCCAAAAUCUACGGCAACAGUUCGAUGUUUUUCUACUCAAUCUAUUCAACUGCGUGAACAAGGAGCUUAUCGACUCGGCGGCGAUUGAGUUUCUGCUCAACUACAAUACAAAGCAUCAGCGGAAGAAGCUAACGCGAACUAUAUUCAGUGUGCAGCGCACACGACUCGAUAUCUUGCCAUAUCUGUCACGAUUCGUGGCCAUUGUGCACAUGUGCAACACGGAUGUGGCCGCCGAUCUGUCCGAUUUGCUGCGCAAGGAAUUCAAGUGGCACAUCCGCAAGAAGAAUCAGCUGAACAUUGAGUCGAAGCUGAAGAUCGUACGCUUCAUUGGCGAACUGGUCAAGUUCGGACUGUUCAAGAAGUUCGAUGCUCUGGGCUGCCUGAAGAUGCUGCUGCGUGACUUUAUCCAUCAUCACAUCGAGAUGGCGUGCGCCUUUGUCGAGGUCAGCGGCGUCUAUCUGUACAAUUGCCGUGACUCGCGGCUGCUGAUGAACGUCUUUCUCGAUCAGAUGCUGCGCAUGAAGACGGCGACGGCAAUGGAUUCGCGCCAUGCGGCGCAAAUUGAGAGUGUUUACUAUCUGGUCAAGCCGCCGGAGUCGGCGAAGCGUGAGCUAGCCCCACGGCCGGUAAUGCACGAGUAUAUACGCCAUUUGAUAUUUGAGGAGCUGUGCAAGCAGAAUGUGGAGCGUUGCAUUAAGAUGCUGCGACGCAUCAAUUGGGACGAUCCGGAUGUCUAUAACUAUGCUAUCAAGUGCCUGAGCAAAGCGUAUCUGUUGCGCUUCCCACUCAUCCGUUGCCUGGCCGAUCUUGUCUCCGGACUGAGCUCCUACCAGCCGCGUGCUGUCACCAUUGUCAUCGACAAUGUAUUCGAGGAUAUACGCGCCGGCCUCGAGAUACAUUCGCCCAAGAUGUCGCAGCGUCGCAUCGCCAUGGCCAAGUACCUGGGCGAGAUGUACAACUAUAAGCUGGUGGAAUCCUCGCAUAUACUGAACACACUCUAUUCGAUAAUAUCGCUUGGUGUGACAUUGGAUCAGUCUGUCAUAUCGCCGCUCGAUCCGCCGGAGAGUCUGUUUCGCCUGAAGCUCGCCUGCAUGCUGCUCGAUACAUGUGCUCCCUACUUCACCAGCCAGGCCACGCGCAAGAAAUUGGACUACUUCUUGGUGUUCUUUCAGCGCUAUUAUUGGCACAAGAAGUCGCAUCCGGUGUUCAGCAAGUCGGAAAAUACUUCCGAUCUGUUUCCCAUACUCGUCGAUCACACCUAUCGCGACUGCUUGGCCAGUGUGCGGCCGAAGCUGAAGCUGUACAAGAAUCUGGAGCAGGCCAAAGAGGCCAUCGAUCAGCUGCAGGAGCAGCUGUAUCCACAGCUGAGAGCCUGCAGCAACAACAACAAUAAUGCGCAGGAUUCCAGCUUGGAUACGAUCAAUGAAAUCAACGAACUCGACGAUGGCGUCACGGAUGACUCGGGCUCAUCGGAUGAUCAGCGGGAACGUCAAGCGGCCGGCGGCUCGGAGGAGGCAGAUCAAGGCAACUGGACUGAAUAUGAGGUGGAGCCAGUGGCGCCACCGCCGCCGCCGGAGAAAUCCAAGGAGGAUCUGGAAUUCGAGCAAAUGUAUGAGAAGAUGACCAGCGACUCGUAUCAGGAGCGACUCAAGGAGCCGCCACUCAAAGCCACCCACAAGGAUAUACCGGUGCCCAUGAUGGCGCGCCUGCAAAAGAAGUCCUACGACCAGCUAAACUGCAACAAUGCAAUGCAGAUCUCAAAGGGCAAUGCUUCUGCCCCCAGCACUCCCACAAAUCAUGGCCACAAUUGGGAUGGUGGCAACCAUUUAACGUCAGCAACUGCUGCCACCUCCUCGAAUGAUGUCGCCGCCACAGAGGCUAGUGCCGGUGGCGGUUGCAGUGGCAAGGGCAGCGGUGCUGUGCCGUUUGUGCUGAUGGUGCGCGGCAAUAAGGGAGGCAAACAGCAGUUCAAGUCAUUUGUGGCCCCAUCGGACUCCCAGUUGGCCAUCAAUCUGAAGCUGCAGGAGCAGAAGACGCGCGAGGAGAAGGAGCGCGUCAAGCGACUGACCCUGAACAUAACAGAGCGCAUCGAGGAGGAGGACUAUCAAGAGUCGCUCCUGCCGCUGCAACAGCGCAACUUUACGCAGAGCUACUACCAGAAGCCCAACAAGAACAAGUUCAAGCACCAGAAGGGUGCACCCGAUGCGGAUUUGAUCUUCCACUAAAGUGUCAACUGUCCAGCAUGCGAACACUGACUGACUGCCAGCCCGACUCCCAGUCUGCCCGCCUACCCGCCUACCCGCCUGCCUGCCUGCCUGCCUGCCUGCUCCAAGAGCGCGAUCAAUGCAAAAAUAUCUCUCGUUUAUAGACUGGCGUUGAG